ACCGCGGAAAUGAUCUAGCUGCGAUGACGUUUCACAAACACGUUGAGCUAAUUUGUACUUAAACCAAACGAUUGACCAUCAACGCUACGCUUAUCACAAAGAUGAGGUUUUUGUUUUGUGUCUAGAGAUUAAAACGUGAACCAUUCAGUCCAAACGGAUGAUAUGGUGCUUUUUAUUUUGACAGGUCGCUGCAUACGAGGAAAACAGGAAACCCCUUAGCCAGCCAGUUUUCAUUUGAAUGCCCAUUUCUCUAUUAGAAAUGAAAACCACUUUAUUACUGCUGCAUGUUAUCGGUUGCUGCUCCCUGGUCGCUGCCACUCUUUCAAAAACAGAUGCAAAGAAGUCCUUUAAAGCUGAGGCUGAGAACUCUCCAGCCGAACUGUCUGUUUUGGAGAGAGGCCUCGUAGUCUCUGAUCUUCUGUGGAAAGACAUAGUGAAAGAGGAGAAGAGGUACUGUGCUCACAUCAAGAAGACCUUUCAGGGACCCGUGCUGGGAUACAUCACACCAUGGAAUUCUCAUGGCUACGACAUCGCUAAGAUCUUUGGCUCCAAACUCACAUCCGUAUCUCCAGUUUGGCUUCAGCUCCGUCGGCGAGGACCAGAAGCGUUCGAAGUGACGGGACUUCAUGACCAUGACCCCGGCUGGGUCAAAGCUGUACGCAAGUCCAACAAAAAAGUGCGGAUGGUUCCUCGGCUGUUAUUCGACGGCUGGUCCUACCAGGACUACAUGAGCGUGUUGGGAAGCGAAGAUGAAAUUGAGGAGCUGGCUGGGGAGCUGGUGGAUGUUGCAAAGACAGAAGGUUUUGACGGAUUCACCCUGGAACUUUGGAGCCAGCUUGGAGGAAACAAAAGAAAGGAGCUGGUUCAUUUAAUCAAGCACAUUUGUGAGAUUUUAAAGGCCAAAAGACUAGACUGCAUUCUUGUUAUUCCACCAGCUCUGACAAGCACUGGAGAACCCGGGAUGUUCGGCAGGGACGAAUUUGAGCAGUUGGCCCCUUUUGUGGACGGAUUCAGCCUCAUGACAUACGACUACUCUAGUGGUGCCAGACCAGGCCCAAGCGCUCCCCUGCCCUGGGUCAAAGAUUGUGUUCUUCAACUCGCACCCAGCGCCGAGUGGAGGCAAAAAAUCUUGCUUGGACUAAAUUUGUAUGGUCUCGACUUUGCAAGCCAGGGAACAGAGCCGAUCCUGGGGACAAGGUACAUUGAAAUUCUCAGGGAGCACAGACCAAAGCUCCUUUGGGAUGAAUAUGCCGCCGAGCAUUAUUUCAACUACAAAAGGAACAAUGCAGUCAAACAUGUGGUGUACUAUCCAUCUUUGAAGUCGAUCAACAUGAGGAUCUCGUUAGCCACUGAACUGGGAACAGGAAUAUCCUUGUGGGAACUGGGACAAGGACUGGAUUAUUUCUAUGACCUGCUAUAGUCCAGGAUUUCUCUCUUUUUUUGUUGUACACAGAACUCUGAUAUAAAACCUUACCCUGGAUUUGUUAAUGUUUAACUUGUGUUAGGGCAAAUACUGAUGAAACUGACUAGUUGGUUCUAAAAGUACUGGAAGCCAAAAAAAAUGGAAUUUUGGGUACUUUAUUGUGAUUUGUUCAAAGUGCAAUAAUUCAUCUGCGUUUUGACACAGAUAAUGCAUGAUCAUCAGAAUGUAUGCGUUACAAUGCAAGGCUUGUCAAUGUUCACACACCGAUGAUGCCUGCAGUAACCCUUCGGUCGUUUCUAGCAGACCUGUUUGUUUGUGCUUGAAAUAUUAAUCAAUCUCAAUUUUUUUAAAUGAUCAUCUAAAGGGUAGAUUUUGUGGAUUCUGUUGAUUUGUUUGCUUCAUAGUGUGUGGUAUUUUUCACCAAGAUAAACGUUUUCAAUU